AUGUCGAAACGAUCUAAACGGAUUUUAGAUUUAUUAAAUGCUAAUGAAGAAGAUGCUAUUCAUCAUCUGAAUGAGGCAACAACUGACCAUGAAAAUUAUCCCACAUGUACAGAACCUGAUCGAGCAUCUUCACCAGCGGAGUACGAUGAAGAAAGGACACUAUGUAUACAAAAUUUGAUGGGUGAUGUAUUCAGUGACAAGUUGAUUUCUGAGAGGAGAAUCUACGAUGAGGCCGUGGUUUCCACAAUAGAAGAAACGCAAGCAAUGUCUAAUGACAUUUCAACGUCAAUACAAUCACUAGUGCCAGUUCAUGAAGACUCAUGUAGAAAUGAAUACUGUUCCAUAUGCGUAGAAACUUGUGCCAUUAGACCCAAUGAAAUCUAUGAAAAUUUACCAACACCUUCAACCAUAUCAGUCACAUCUACUAACGUAACGCCGACUACACAGAAAGGCUCCAGAAAGAAGACUUACAAAACAGAUGUAGGAAUGAAGAGACUAUUACACAAAGAGCGGUGGAUAGAGUAUAAAUACGAUUUCGAUGACGUGCCGAUGACUUUAGUGGUUCUCCGAUUCACUAAAAGAAACACUCAACGUCAUAAUGAGUUUAAAAUAACCCAAGCUUAUGAUGGCUCCGUUCUUAUUCCUCAUGGAAAGUACAAAGAUCUUAAUGAUAUGUGCAGAUCUGGUGUCAUCCCGGAAAAAUAUAAAAGCUUUUAUAGAGACUUACCACACGUUUCUAAUAAUGCAGCAUAA